AUGGACCUCUUCGCGAAUAAGAAAAUUUUCUUAUUCGCGAACCCUCAGGAGGAGCCUGGAAAUAUUUCUGGAACCUCCCGCCAGCUGGAUGGGCGGGAGAGAGACCAGAGACGGAAGGGGAAAAAAAAUCGGCGGCGACUGGAGGCGAUGGCGGCGCAGGCGGAGGCGGAGGAGGAGGUGCGGCUGGAGCUGGAGGCGGUGGCGGCGGUGUACGGCGACGACGUCCGCGUGCUCCGGGACCUCCCGCCCCACCUCGUCGUCCACGUGCGGCCCCGCACCGCCGACGACUCUUCACAGCAGUUUGUGGAGCUCUUGCUUGGAAUUAAAGCAUCUUCACAGUAUCCAAAGGAACCACCUCAUAUUUAUGCUGUGGAAAGUAAGGGCCUUGAUGAGAAUCGACAGUCAUAUCUUAUUAGCAGCAUCCAGAACAAGGCAAAAGAGCUUUCCAACUACCCAAUGCUUGUUACUUUAUGCGAGGAAGCUGGAGAGAUCCUCUCGAAUAUGAAUCAUCCAGCAGGGGAUUGUCCACUGUGCCUAUACCCUUUGGUGGGAGAGGAUAAGGAUGGCUCUGAGUUGCCUUUUAUGAAGUUGAUGUCAUGCUACCACUGCUUCCACAGUAACUGCAUUAUGAGAUGGUGGGAAUGGCUCCAACAUGGUGAUGCUAACCCUAAGGAGCAUAAUACUGGAGGCAAGCAUUAUAAUGUGAAUCAGCACAAAGGAUUUUGUCCAGUUUGCCGCAAAGUGUUUGAUGAGAAGGAUAUUGAGCAUGUUCAUGAUCUGUUGGGUGAAAGUACUUCCCAGCUGGCAUCAUUGACCCUUGACCUGGGUGAAGAUGAAAAGAAAUUGCUCCAUUCAGAGGCAGAGCAAAUCAGGAGAAAAAGAAUCGAAUCACUUUUUAAUCUUCAGCAAGAAAGAAACGGCCUUAUUGAACCGAAGAAAGACCUUGCCAUACAGCCAGGAAUGUACGUCACUCUCCCUCCCAGCACACCAGAUACAGCUGCAGGAGAGAACGUUGAUCCCAGCGAGGACACCACUACUUCCACCUCAGAAACAGAGCAACGCAGCCAGGCAAACAACACUACCAGCAAUAAGCCCAAGAAUUCUGGAUAUCGAAGGAGAAAUCGAGCCAAUGCGUCAAGAAGGCAGCCUCACGGCCAGCCUGGUAGGCAACAGUGGCAGAGGAAAGAAGCAGACACUUCACACCAUUAACAUUGAAGCAAUGAGGAGGAUUCGAGUUGUUUUAUUUUUUCAUCGGUUAUGUAUAUUGAUGGUGUGCCCGGAAUACAUGCAUGGCAUGACGCAACAGCAUGGUUUUGAUGCUGUUGCCACCAAGAGAGUUAAGAGCAGUUUAUGCAUGCAAAGGGUCCGUGGAACACUGGAAUUUCUUUCAGUGCGUAGGAGUUCAUGUCACUGCAAUAUUGAACCUAAGCAUGUUAAGAAACACUAGAAAUAAAGCACAGCGUUCUUACA